CAUUGGUUCAUUUGGAUGCCACCGCUUGAGAAGUGUGGGGACCACUGUUUGGAUGCCACCGCUUGAGAAGUGUGGGGAACACUGUUGGUGAUUGGAGAGUUCCGGAAACCAACGCACUUGGACUCAAGGGCUGUGCAUCCCAGGCGGACAGACACGCCACACAACAUUUCUGGUAGUGUUUCUCUAAUCCCCGUCCAGUUUCCCCACUACACGUAAGAUAAGUGGAGUAUAAAGUGUACAUCAACUUUAUUUGUGUCUUAGGGGCAUUAACGUACACAAUUGUACGUAGAACCGUCUAUGCUGUAAUAGCGUGUGUCCCACUAUCGCUUCACUUCACCCCCCCCCUUCCCGGUGCUCAAUAUUUUAAAAAAACGAAAUGGCUAUUCGCACCCGUGUACCAGAAGUGAGAGAUCGGGAUUAAAAAAACUAUUUAAAACAUUAUUGUUGGGUUUGAACCUUGUCUAGUCGGUACCAUCAGCCCGUCAUCACGUGAAAUGAAACAUGAAUUGUCAAUAGAAAGUUGCCAUGGUCGUAACCAAAGAUAAUGUAUCCUGCAAAGACAAAUAAUUUAUUUUUUUUUAAAUUUGGCAUCAAGCACAUUAUUAUCUUCAGAGCUGUGUGGUUUAAUUAUAAUUAACCUUAUAUUUAGUCUCGCGCAAAUCACUGAUCAGUUUUCUUUCAUUAUUUACUUAAUACAUGUAAAAAAAAAAAAAAUAAAAAAAUGUACUCUACCCCCCCCCCCCCCCCAAUACACCCACCCCAUUUCAUGGAACACUAUGAAAAUGAGAAGAUAAUCCUUUUUUUUUAAACAACCGAACCCGGUUUAUUUCCCCCGGGCAUGUGCCGGAUUAAAAAUACCCGAUAUUUUAGGGUAACUGCGUCAGUAGUCGGCCCGUCCCUCCCAGCAGUACACUAUAUCUAAAGUUCGUUAUUUGUUAUGAUGAAAGGCGAACAUGCAUGAGCUGUGAAUAUUAUUCUUUGGUGGUACAAAUAUGAAAUAUAUAUUUUUUUACAAAAAUGUACCAGGAGAGCACACUCGUUAUGCUUUCUGCAUCGCUGGCAAGCCUGGCGACCCUUUGAAAUUAAUUCACGCCACUGAAUUAUUUCUUAUCAAUCUGUAGGGAUAAAUAAAUCAUUGGCGUAGGAAAAGGAGGGGUGAAUAAAGUGUGGUUCACCCCAUGAAGCACUUUUUUUUUUCAUUUAUACGAAGGGGGCGGUAUUUUCAGUCUGCAAGGGGCGGAAAAAGUUCGCGACCCACCCCUGGCGGCACUAACCCUAGCUAAGCCGAUGGGCGUAACGCAAAGGACGGAAGUCAUACCUCUGUCUGCAUUCUUGGGUAUUUUUUUUUUUUUUUUUUUUUUUUUUUUUUUUUGGGUUUUUUUUUUUUUUUUUUUUUUUUGUAUUUUUGUGUGUGUGUGUAUAUAAUGACGCCAUCUUGUUUUCAAAAACCUAUUUUUAAAAAAACGAACACCUCGGUGGACGUCCCUUUUUAUUUGGUACGAAACUAAAAUCUAAAUGUGAUUUAUAAUAAGUCAGUCGGAUUUGUAGGUCUCCGCGAUAUACAGAUCAAACAUAAUUACAAAACCAUUCUAAUAUUUUAUUAAUAUAGAACACCAUAGACCCCACCCCAAUUUUCCACGUUACGAAGUUAUUAGAACAUUGCUUAAAAAAUAGACUGAAUUUUUAAAAAAAUAAACUCAAUUAAACAAUAUAUAAGACUUGUCUAUCAAUUUUGUUAAAAAACGUUAACAAUUUUCUAUAUUUUUUUUAUUUUGCCGUCUCCAGACAACAAAGACACAUACAAUGAGCUUGCUCCACAGCAUCACGACACACGCCGACCUGAACCAGUACUUCAUGAGAACCGCCCUCUGGCCAGCCAUCAUCUACACCACCGUCCUCAUGCUGGUCGGCACCCUGGGCAACAUCCUCGUCCUGGCCGUCUACCGGCACCAGUACCAGAGGAGCGUGACCCGGAUGUUCAUCUUCGCCCUGGCGGCCAUGGACAUCGGCAACUGCGUCAUCACCAUGCCGGCGGAGCUAAUGAUUCUCAUACGGUUUACGUCAUUUCCGUCGGCCUUCUGGUGCAGGUUCACGCGCUAUCUGACUUACAUCUUCAACGGGACCAGCUCGAUAAUACUGAUCACAAUAGCCCUGGACAGGUAAAUCAACUUUUUUCCAAUUUUUUUAAAUUUAAUUUUUUUUUUAUUAUUUGACAUUGUUGUAGCAUCCAAGAUAUGACGGAAGAAACGUAUUCCAUUGAGUAACGAGGAUGAUGUGACAUCGAGAGAAAUUCUUUAGCUCGUAUUAAAUAAUUUUUUAAAAAAUUAACUGUUUUAAAACGCUAUUUUUUUUUGUUAACCAUGCUUGUUUGGUUUUUUAAAAAUAAUUUAUAAAUAAAUAUUAUUUUUUGACAUAGCCUGGAGACCAAUUCUCUUGUCGCUUAUUCAAAAUUAACAUGAUGACAAUGUCUAGCAAAAGUUGAUAAUGUGUCUCAUAAGGGAUCCUGUAUAUAUGACAUAAAGACACAUUGGGCAAGAUCAGCUCUUCUGAACUCUUCAUUUAAUAGACGAUAACUGUUUUAUUGCAUAAGAAUAGUUAAGAUAUUGUUUCUUUAAUGUUUAUAUUGAACCGUUAAAUGAGAAAGAUGCUGACGGAAGAAGACGGUGCACUGAAGUUCUCUGCGAUAGGCGAGUCUUUGAACAAAAAAAAAAAAUCAAUCAAAGAUAUCGAGAGAAAAAAAUGAUAUUGUAUAUACCAUUGAGUGCCUAAAUAGUUGAAGACAUGCUUGCAGGUAUUUCAAGGUGUGCAGACCGACCCACGUCGGCAUCACCCUCCGGCGGGCCAGGCUCGUCUGCGUGGGGUCAUUUCUCUUCACGGCGCUCCUCACGAUCCCGGCCCUGGUCAUCUACGGCGACAUGGUCUUCCCGAUCCUGGUCACCGACCACGAGGUGACCAUCCUGCACAAGGACGUCAGCCUGACGGAGUACGAGAACCGCUUAGCGGCGUCCAAUGUAUCUCACGUGAUCAUGAAUGGGACCUUCUGUUUGCUUAAUUCCGGGUACGUAAAAAAAAAAAAUGUUUUAAAAUUAUAUAUUUUGUAUAUUAUUUCAAAUCAUUAGUACUAGGACCCCUAAUUCAUUACUAUUUACUUUCAUUUCCAUAAAUAUUCUUCCAAUCAAAUGCUGGUAUUCUUGAUGCAUUUCAAAUUAUUGUCAAAAAGUAUGUUUCAGUCUAACAAACAUAUCUACGCAGAAAAACGCUUAGAGCUGCUCGUGUCCCCCCCCCCCAUCUGAGGAUCCACUAACCUAAUUGUUCAACCGUGUCCUCUUUAAUAUUAAGUUAUCCAUUUCAUUAUAGGACCUUAUCUGGGUGAACACUACAUUUGGACGCCACAAUCAAUGUCGUGUCACUAAUUUUCUUAAUGAAUCUCAACUCGUAGAAAUACCUACAUUAAAAUUUAGACCCAAUCGUCCACAAAAAUUUUGACACUGUUUCUCCUUUGAUAUCUCCAGGCACAUCGACGGGCACCUGCCCACCACCUUCUACAUCGGCAUGCUCGUCCUCUACAUCGUCCUGAUCGUCUUCGUCGUCUUCUUCUACAGCCAGGUCGCCCGCGCCAUGUUCGCGCUCACCCGGAAGCACUCCAAGAUGUUCACCUUUCACGGGUCACGUGAUCUGUCGACCCCGAACUCCGCUGCCCCGGAGAUGAAACCGGCCAAGUACGACUUCACCCGCGCCAGCGUGGCGCGCGAGGCCAGCACGUUCGACGAGGACGGGCAGAUGAGGAACUACGCGGGUCUGCCGAAGGAGUUCGGGGACGACAACUCUCGUCAUUUUGACGAUAAGAGCUCGGUGACGUCCCUGUCGUCCAGAGCAGUUGACAGAUCCAGUGAAAGGGUCGAGGAUUACGGAAAUCAAGAAGAAAGACUGAACAAGAACUCAAACGAAAUAGCGAAUUUGACAAGUUCGGAUGAAAGAAUUGUCAAAACAAACUCCAAUGACAUUAUUGGCAGUCCGUAUUCGGGAAAUGACGUCACUUCCGGAACUGCCAUCGCCGACAGAUUAGCGGGUUCUCCGAGGAGCAAAAGUGAGAUUCUGUUUAGUCCCCAGAGCGGCAGCAAAUCCCCACUCAAGUUGUUCAGCAGAAAGAAGUCGUCACAAAGAAUCCCCAAAAUCAAGAUCCAGGACACGAGUGAGAAACCGUCGCACGGCGGCGGCCUCGACUUGGCGCACGCCGACUCUCUCCACGGCUUCGACAAGUCGCUCUCCCUGUCCAGCAACAGCUUGCUGCUGAGGAGAAUCAAGAGCGCGGAGAACAUCAACGCCCUGACGCGACUGUACAAACUCCAAGUCCCCGAGCACCGGAUGAACGGGCCGAAAUUCCCGGACGCGUACGAGGCCAACCUGCCGAGGGUGUGUCACCAGAGACAAAGACGGCACGACGUGGCCGUGGGGCAGGUGACCAAAAGCUGCACCAACUUGGAUUUUGUGGGUGGGGGGGAGGGGGAGGAGGGCGCCCCCGAACCCAAAUCGUCGUCGGAGAAGACGUUGACGCUGACGAGGAAAACCUCACCGCAGGGUAAAACGAACAUCUGCGUGCUGCCCCUGACCGGGCUGUGCACGAAAAUGGCUCUCCACGCGCAAGAGAAUCAAGGGGCCGAUUUCAAAAAAUGCAAAAACCAGCAUAAAACGAUCGACGGCUCAGUGGUGAACAGUGAGCCGUGUUUGAACCGGGGACGUGAGAACACUGCCUACGCCGCUUCACCGGAGGACGAUUCGGCCGUGACGCUGCGCGCGAAGACGCCAGAGCAGGCGCCCGCGACGAUCCCAAGCGUCUGCGACUCCUUUAAAAUCACGAAAAUCUCCGAGAGCGCGCGGGCCCAGAGGUCACCGCGCCAGGAGAUCGUGAGCACGGCGGACAUCCUGCAGGACAAUCACAACCGCUACUCGCUCCACCCGUUCCGGACCAGCAGGAUGCUCUUCAUCAUCUCCCUCGCCUUCGCGUUCAGCUUCCUCCCCUUUUUCAUCAUCGCGCUCACCAGAUCGGCGAUCGGCUCGUCCUUCAUGAUGUCGCUCAGUGACGCGCAGCUGGGCGCGAUCUGCAUUUUUAUCCGUUCCUCAUUGGUCAGCAACGCGGUGAACCCCAUCAUUUACGGGAUUCUGAGCACGCACUUCCGCCGGGAGUGCACCGGGUUAGUUUUCUGUGUGAAAAAAAAGAAAUAAUUGUUUAUAUUUAUUUUUUUUUUUGUUGCUUUUUAACUAUAAUAUUAAAAUAAAAAUAUUAAACCCAAGUGUGUUUGGAAAGCAAUUUUUUUUUUUUUUUUUAAACCUCAGACCCGACUUUGUCAUUUUAACCGAAAUUAUUCUGAAUGAUGGGAUAAUAAAAGCGUUUGGCUAAUGAGACCUGAAGAAACACCUUUCUCCAAUAAAUGUAUUUGUCAUUCUAUUUUUAGAUUUCUGCAGCUAUUUAUUAAAAUUUAAUUC